UACAUAAUGAAGGUGGAGAAACUUCCCCCCCACCCCCACCCCGGGAAUUAUAUAAAUUCCCACAGGGUCUCAGUCAGCACCCACAUCUUGGAAGACACAUCUUGGAAGACACACUCAACUCCUUCCUUCACCAUGAUGAUCGCCGGCAAAAUCCUUCUCCUCACUGUGGCCCUUAUCUGUUUCUCAGAUGCUGCUGUCAAACCUGUGGUAAAGACAGCAGAACCAGUCGUCAUGUGUCCAAUGAAUUUUGAUCCAGUGUGUGGUACUGAUGGAGUGACCUACAGUAAUAGCUGUGCUCUUGGAAUAGCAAGCCGGAAAAGUGGCGGAAAAAUUAAAAUGAAGCAUAAAGGCAGCUGCCGAAACCAAGGAGGUUCUGUUUAGGCUUACUGCCUCGGGGAAAUUGCCAGAAGCAACACUGUCAUUCUUGUCAUUGCAAAUGUUCAUUCAGUAAAGAAAAUUCUAAAUCAC